GCGCGCUGGCCCGGCAGCAUGGCGGCGGCGGCGGGCGCCCCUCCGCCGGGUCCGCCGCAACCGCCUCCGCCGCCGCCGCCGGAGGAGUCGUCCGACAGCGAGCCCGAGGCGGAGCCCGGCUCCCCGCAGAAGCUCAUCCGCAAGGUGUCCACGUCGGGCCAGAUCCGACAGAAGACCAUCAUCAAAGAGGGGAUGCUGACCAAACAGAACAAUUCAUUCCAGCGAUCAAAAAGGAGAUACUUUAAGCUACGAGGGCGAACGCUGUACUAUGCCAAAACAGCAAAGUCAAUCAUAUUUGAUGAAGUGGAUCUGACAGAUGCCAGCGUGGCUGAAUCCAGCACCAAAAACGUCAACAACAGUUUUACGGUCAUAACUCCAUGUAGGAAGCUCAUCCUGUGUGCCGAUAACAGAAAAGAAAUGGAAGAUUGGAUCGCAGCAUUAAAGACUGUGCAGAACAGGGAGCACUUUGAGCCCACCCAGUACAGCAUGGACCAUUUCUCAGGGAUGCACAAUUGGUACGCCUGCUCCCACGCGAGGCCGACCUACUGCAACGUGUGCCGUGAGGCUCUGUCUGGGGUCACGUCGCAUGGGCUGUCCUGUGAGGUGUGCAAAUUUAAGGCCCACAAGCGCUGUGCUGUGCGUGCAACCAAUAACUGCAAGUGGACCACGCUCGCCUCUAUCGGGAAGGACAUCAUUGAGGAUGCAGAUGGGAUCUCGAUGCCUCACCAGUGGUUGGAAGGAAACCUGCCUGUGAGUGCCAAGUGCACCGUGUGCGACAAGACGUGUGGCAGCGUGCUGCGCCUGCAGGACUGGCGCUGCCUCUGGUGCAAGGCCAUGGUUCACACAUCGUGUAAAGAAUCCUUGCUGACCAAGUGCCCACUUGGCCUGUGCAAAGUGUCAGUUAUCCCACCCACGGCUCUCAACAGCAUCGACUCCGACGGGUUCUGGAAGGCCAGCUGUCCUCCGUCUUGCACAAGCCCACUACUGGUCUUCGUCAAUUCAAAAAGUGGGGACAACCAAGGUGUGAAGUUCCUCAGAAGAUUCAAACAGCUGCUGAACCCUGCCCAGGUCUUUGACCUCAUGAACGGAGGCCCACACCUCGGCUUACGGUUGUUCCAGAAGUUUGACACAUUCCGGAUUCUGGUUUGUGGCGGGGACGGAAGUGUUGGCUGGGUCCUCUCCGAAAUCGACAGCCUCAACCUUCAUAAACAGUGUCAGCUGGGAGUUCUGCCGCUCGGCACGGGGAACGACCUGGCCCGAGUGCUGGGCUGGGGCUCGGCCUGCGAUGAUGACACCCAGCUCCCCCAGAUCUUGGAGAAGUUGGAGAGAGCCAGCACCAAGAUGCUGGACAGGUGGAGCGUCAUGGCGUAUGAGGCCAAGCUCCCCCGGCAGGCCUCCUCCUCCACCGUCACCGAAGACUUCAGCGAGGAUUCCGAGGUGCAGCAGAUUCUCUUCUAUGAAGACUCCGUUGCAGCCCACCUUUCUAAAAUCCUCACCUCGGACCAGCACUCAGUGGUCAUCUCCUCGGCUAAAGUGCUCUGUGAGACAGUGAAGGACUUUGUGGCCCGAGUGGGGAAGGCCUAUGAGAAGACGACCGAGAGCUCAGAGGAGUCAGAGGUCAUGGCCAAGAAGUGCUCUGUCCUGAAAGAGAAGCUGGAUUCCCUUCUCAAGACCUUGGAUGAUGAGUCCCAGGCCUCGUCCUCUCUGCCCAAUCCACCCCCAACCAUUGCUGAGGAGGCUGAAGAUGGAGAUGGGUCAGGCAGCAUCUGUGGCUCCACUGGGGACCGCCUGGUGGCAUCGGCCUGCCCAGCCCGGCCACAGAUAUUCCGGCCUCGAGAACAGCUCAUGCUGAGAGCAAACAGUCUGAAGAAAGCGAUUCGUCAGAUCAUAGAACACACAGAAAAAGCUGUUGAUGAGCAGAAUGCCCAGACCCAGGAGCAGGAGGGCUUCGUCCUGGGCCUCUCUGAGUCGGAAGAGAAGAUGGACCACCGAGUGUGCCCACCACUGUCCCACAGCGAGAGCUUUGGGGUCCCCAGGGGGAGGAGCCAGCGCAAAGUGUUGAAAUCCCCGUGUGAGAAGUUGAUCAGCAAAGGAAGUCUGCCCCUGGGCAGUUCAGCUUCCCUUCCACCCCAGCCGGGAAGCCGGGAUAGCCUGCCUGCACUCAACACCAAGAUCCUGUACCCAAAUGUCCGGGCUGGAAUGUCUGGUUCCUUACCUGGUGGCUCAGUCAUCAGUCGCCUGUUAAUUAACGCUGAUCCCUUUAACUCCGAACCAGAAACCCUAGAGUACUAUACAGAGAAGUGUGUCAUGAACAACUAUUUUGGCAUUGGCCUGGAUGCGAAGAUAUCCCUGGACUUCAACAACAAACGCGACGAGCACCCGGAGAAGUGCAGGAGCCGAACCAAGAACAUGAUGUGGUAUGGAGUUCUUGGAACCAAAGAGCUGCUGCACAGAACCUACAAGAACCUGGAGCAAAAGGUCCUGCUGGAGUGUGACGGGCGACCCAUCCCCCUCCCCAGUCUUCAGGGAAUUGCUGUCCUUAACAUCCCCAGCUAUGCCGGAGGAACCAACUUCUGGGGUGGCACCAAGGAGGAUGAUACUUUCGCAGCUCCGUCAUUCGAUGACAAGAUUCUGGAGGUGGUUGCCGUUUUCGGCAGCAUGCAGAUGGCCGUCUCUCGAGUCAUCAGGCUGCAGCAUCACCGGAUCGCCCAGUGUCGCACGGUGAAGAUCUCCAUCCUUGGGGAUGAGGGCGUGCCUGUGCAGGUGGACGGAGAGGCCUGGGUCCAGCCGCCAGGGUACAUUCGGAUUGUUCACAAGAACCGGGCACAGACGCUGACCAGAGACAGGGCAUUUGAGAACACCCUGAAGUCCUGGGAAGACAAGCAGAAGUGCGAGCUGCCCCGCCCUCCAUCCUGUUCCCUGCACCCGGAGAUGCUGUCCGAGGAGGAGGCCACCCAGAUGGACCAGUUUGGGCAGGCCGCGGGGGUCCUCAUUCACAGCAUCCGAGAAAUAGCUCAGUCUCACCGAGACAUGGAGCAGGAACUUGCCCACGCCGUCAAUGCCAGCUCCAAGUCCAUGGACCGUGUGUAUGGCAAGCCCAGAACCACAGAGGGGCUGAAUUGCAGCUUUGUCCUGGAAAUGGUGAAUAACUUCAGAGCUCUACGCAGUGAGACGGAGCUGCUGCUGGCUGGGAAGAUGGCCCUGCAGCUGGAUCCGCCUCAGAAGGAGCAGCUGGGGAGUGCUCUUGCCGAGAUGGACCGGCAGCUCAGGAGGCUGGCGGACACCCCCUGGCUCUGCCAGCCCGCAGAGCCUGGUGACGAAGAGAGCGUGAUGAUGGAUCUUGCCAAGCGCAGUCGCAGUGGUAAAUUCCGCCUCGUGACCAAGUUUAAAAAGGAGAAAAACAACAAGAACAAAGAAGCUCAUAGUAGCCUGGGAGCCCCGGUUCAUCUCUGGGGGACAGAGGAGGUUGCUGCCUGGCUGGAGCACCUCAGUCUCUGUGAGUAUAAGGACAUCUUCAUGCGGCACGACAUCCGGGGCUCUGAGCUCCUGCACCUGGAGCGGAGGGACCUCAAGGACCUGGGCGUGACCAAGGUGGGCCACAUGAAGAGGAUCCUGUGUGGCAUCAAGGAGUUGAGCCGCAGCGCCCCCGCCGCCGAGGCCUAGCCUCCACCCUCUCAGCCUGCGGCCUCCACAUUCCCGCCGCCGAGGCCUAGCCUCCACCCUCUCAGCCUGCGGCCUCCGCGCCUCCUACCACUGAGGCCCUGGGCGGACGCUGCAGCCCGCCCCCUUCUCAUGGUGCUACUUCACUCUGUCAGCUACAGAAAGCCUCCGUGACACCGUCCACCAGAGCUCUGGGGUCUCGAACAUAACAACACAGCUACCUUUGAAAUAACACCUUCUCCAGCUCAGAGUCACCUGGGGGACAUGUGUCACGGCCACUCAGCCCUCGCCCACCUGUGUUGCGGGCCAGGGAAUCCGGCAGCGUCUGGCCUCUUGGGCACCGCUUGCCUGGCCUCAUGCUCAGGUUGUCCCGGGGGCUCCCCUCCGUGUGUCCUUCCAGGCCACACUGUGUGGCUCCGCCUCCUGGCCCUGGGGCUCUCAGAAACGUGGCUGGGGUCCAGCCGCCCUGUGGCUUCACAGCAGCCUGCAUGGCCCUGUUUGUUGAUGCAGCUUUUGUUGUUGAACAAAAGUCGUGCUCUCUCCUGGUUUGAAAGUAGCCUGGAUGUUUCCAGGCCUGUUGAUGUAAUUUGACAUGAUGGGAAAAGAAACCCCUCCUGCGUGAGCCAAGGCAGUGGGAGCAGUUUCUCAGGCCGGGAGUCCCUCCCUGGGUCCACAGAGCCUGCGCACCUCCCUCCGCCCCUCCCCCACUGCCUCUGAGCUGUGGGCUGGGGACGCCUCCCCUUCUGUCUCUGGACAUUGUAGGCCUCGAGUCCAGCUUGGGGCCAUGAGUGAGACCGAUCGCCAGCUGCGUCCCCGCAGAGGAUGUGUGUCCACAUGAGUUCAGUGUUUUUGUGUGGAAAACGCUUCCUGGCUCUGGGAAACUCUUUCUGCCCGUUCUGUGGUUCCCAGGGAGUGUGGCCCUGGUGGGCAGGGGUGGUUUGAGCUCUUCACCCUGUCCUGAGUGUCUCUGCCCCUGCAGUGGCUUCUUGUCUUCUGCUGCUGGGCCUGGUGUCGCUGGAAGUGCUGGCCGGGACUUUUGACUUGAUGGUCCACGCUGCUCCUGCCCUGCCUCUGAACCAGCAGAUGACGGUGCCAGAGGGCAGGGAGCUCCCCUGGGGAGACUGCAGGGACAGUCCCCAGGCGGAGGACGCCCCUGGUCCUCCUGCGCAUGACUCUGUCCCUUUCCCCCUUGAUAGUCAUCGUUCACAGGGGCUCGUAGAUGUCUGGAAAGAGGUUUCUGGAACCCCAACCCUGGUGUGAGGAGGAAAUAGCUCUGGCCUGGCUGCCUGGCUGUGGCUCCAUGCCCCAAAGAGGGCAGUGUUGGAGUGUCUGCCGGCGCCAUCCCAGCCCCUUAGUCAGCGUCGCUCCGUCUGCUGUGCGGAGGCAGGGCUGCACCUGCAGGGGUGGCUUGGAUGGGGCUGGUUUGCGGCAGCCCCGGCCCUGAACAGGUGGCAGUGACCAGCGCCUGGCCCACCUCUCACAGCCCUCUGUCCCCUCUACAGUGCCCCCGGGUGGGCCCCUCCGCGUGCCUUGGGGUGCUCCCCUCUGUGGUCCUUCUGGGCUGAGGCCUCUGGAGCAUGCAGGCUGAGCCGGGCCUUGGGUUCCCCCAGCGCAGCGUCCUGUCGCUGCGUGCGUAGUGUUGGGAUUUUGGGAUGAAACUUUCCCACGCUGUCGGUGGACUUAGCUGCUCAUGUGGGUGGAAGGUGGUUGUGUGUCACCUUUUGCACCUGUGAUUGUUUCUGCACAGGACGUUGUGGAUGGAGGUAAAGCUGGCCAUGGCAGUCGCUUGGUUUCCCAGGUGGAACGGGUUGGCCCAGGGGAUGAUGGCAACCUGGCCCGCAGUCCCUGUGUUACCAUUGGCCCUGCUGGCCUGGUGUCGGCACCCUGGGGCUCUUGGGGUCCCAGAACAAGCCGGAACUCGGGUGAGGAGGGGACAUGAGGAGAAGCAGCCGACUGUGGCUUCAGGGACAUCAGGGUCACCCCACGUCCUCAGUGUCCUACUCCUGGCAAGGAGUUGGGUUUGGGUUAAAAGUGUUUAAUAUGUUGUCAGUGAUUAAAACAACACUGUUUACAUAAAAACCAUUUUUCUAAUUCUAACAAGUUAGAAGUGAGAAAGGAAUGAACGGGAAUGUUCAGGGAACGGCCCUUUGCUGCUGGGCUGGCGUCCCACACUGGGGUGUCCUUGCUGUCCGGGAGGCUGCUCCGCUGCCCCGGCCCAGGUCCCCUUUUGCCAUUGCCAGACAGGCCUCACGGUCUGCUGUGCAGAGGAAGGCAGGAAGGAUCCCUGAAGCAUCUUGGAGAAAAGGUUCUGUGCCCUCAGGUGGGGCUUACUCCCCCUCGUAUUUAUAAUCUUAAUUUAUAUAGUGACCACCGUGGAAACAAAUGCCUCUUGUAUUGUUAUGUACAUAGUCCAUGCCUGAGUGCUGUACAUAAGUUGUUCUGUGUAUAAAUAAAACGAGCCUGUUUUUGAUCUUCCA